GCGCCAGAACGAAGUGUACGUUGUUAACCUGCGACAGCACCCUUCUUUGGUUUACCCUGAGAAGCAUUGCCGGUGUUGGUAAUCGGUUUCCUAUCUAGUCCGUUGGCAAAGCUCCGGGGCUGCCCAUGAACAGUACCAUGGCUGCGUCCUCACACCGGAUAACGAUGGGUCCGCUGGUGGCUGCCAUUGACCAGGGCACGAGCUCCACUCGGUUUUUGGUGUUUAAUGCGAAAACAGCAGAGCUCCUUAGCCAUCAUCAGGUGGAAAUCAAACAGAGCUUCCCCAAAGAAGGAUGGGUGGAGGAAGACCCCAAAGAAAUUCUGCAGUCGGUUUACGAGUGCAUGGAGCGGACGUGUGAAAAACUCACCCAGCUAAACAUAGACAUCUCAAACAUUAAAGCUAUUGGAGUGACCAACCAAAGAGAGACCACGCUUGUUUGGGACAAAGAGACAGGGGAGCCCCUCUACAAUGCAAUAGUUUGGUUGGACCUGCGGACUCAAUCUACAGUCGAACGUCUAAUCAACAAAACUCCAGGGAGGAAUAAGAACCACUUAAAGCAUAAAACAGGGCUCCCAAUCAGCACCUACUUCAGCGCGGUGAAACUUCGCUGGCUGAUGGACAACGUGGACGAGGUCCAUGAUGCCGUGGUGUCACAUCGCGCUAUGUUCGGCACCGUGGACUCCUGGCUCAUCUGGUGUUUGACUGGUGGGAAGUCUGGCGGCGUCCACUGCACAGAUGUGACCAACGCCAGCAGAACCAUGCUGUUUAACAUCCACACUCUGGACUGGGACCCAGAACUCUGCACAUAUUUUGGUAUUCCCAUGGAGAUCUUGCCGAAAGUGAGGAGUUCUUCAGAAAUCUAUGGCCUCAUGAAAUUAUGUUCUAGCCGGAAAUCUGGAGCCCUCUCAGGGAUCCCCAUCUCUGGGUGUUUAGGGGAUCAGUCAGCAGCGCUUGUUGGACAGAUGUGUUUCCAGGACGGGCAGGCGAAAAACACGUAUGGAACUGGCUGCUUUCUCCUGCGAAACACUGGAGCUAAGCCUGUAAUGUCCGAACACGGCCUUCUGACCACUGUGGCCUACAAACUUGGCCGCGACCAACCUGCGUGUUACGCACUGGAGGGCUCUGUAGCCAUUGCAGGCGCUGUGGUUCGUUGGCUGCAGGACAAUCUGGGAAUCAUCAAAUCCUCUGAAGAGCUCGAGCAGUUUGCAGCGUCAGUCGGCACUUCCUACGGCUGUUACUUUGUUCCUGCCUUUUCGGGCCUCUACGCACCGUACUGGGAGCCCAGUGCAAGAGGGAUCAUCUGCGGGUUGACUCAGUUCACUAAUAAGUAUCACGUGGCGUUCGCUGCACUGGAAGCUGUGUGUUUCCAGACACGGGAGAUCCUGGACGCUAUGAACCAGGACAGCGGUAUUCCCCUCACCCAGCUCCAGGUGGACGGAGGGAUGACAUCCAACAAGCUUCUGAUGCAGCUGCAGGCCGACAUCCUCUGCAUCCCUGUCGUGAAGCCCUCCAUGCCUGAGACCACCGCUCUGGGCGCAGCGAUGGCAGCGGGGUCAGCCGAGGGGGUGAGCGUGUGGAGUCUGAAGCCAGAGGACCUGAGUGAAGUCACCUCGGAGAAGUUCGAGCCUCAGAUCAACCCUGAAGAGAGCGAGUUCCGCUACGCUCGAUGGAAGAAGGCGGUUCAGAAAUCCAUGAACUGGGAGACCACGGAGCCGGUCGGCAACGGAAACGGUGAAACUAGCAUCUUCAGCAGCGUCCCCCUGGGCUUCUACAUCAUCGGCAGCAUUCUGAUGUUAGUCGGUGCCAAAUACCUCGCAGGUAACAACUAAGCUCCUGGGGGCUAUUAAGCAAAGCGGAACCAUCUGGACCACCACCUGUACUCUCGGGUGCUUUCUUUUCCCAAAAAGGCACUACAGGAAGAUGGCUAUAGUUUGGAAUAACUAACUGAACUUUAUUAUUUCCCCCCAAUAAUUUUUUCUGGAAAUGUGUUUUUAUCUACAGCACACAUGGGUGCAUUGGAGAUUAAUUUAAGCGGGAGUGUGCAUGCAGUAUUCUCUUUUUUUCACUCUGUUGACCUGGUAUGAAUUUCUGAAAUUAUUUAUGUAGAAACUCCACCGUAAGGUACUUCAGGUUGUCGUCAAAGAGAAACUCAAUGUGUCAUACGCUAUUUCUUUGUUGUGGCAGAGCACUUUAUUUUAUUUGUUUUUGUUAGGUGUGAACUAACAGAGUGUAAGUUAUUAUUUUUCUAUCAGUUGGUAUUGAAAUGAAAACAAAGGUGAGCGGGUGAAAUGACAAGGUUUCUCUUUGGGAAAAAGUGACUUUUCUGUACAUACUGUAAUCAUUUUAAACAGGAAAAAUGUGUUGUGUAAUGGGCAAACAUGCCAUGGAGGGCAAAAGCUAAUUCUUUUUUUGAUAUGUGUUGGAAAAGAAUUUAUGAAGACAUGGAAACAGAGUGUAUAUUUCUGUCAAUUGCUUCCAAAACCAAUUGCACUAAGAUUAGUGCCACAUGUGCAAUUCUGUUUGGAUUGCAUUUUCGCCUAAAUAAUGUAUUUCAAUUUAAAAGGAGAUUUUUUUAAAUCAUAGACACUUAAAUUCUAGGCCUCUUAGUCAUAGUUUGAAGAGUUAAUCUUUAAGAGGCGGAGGCGUCUAUUAAUCUGUUGCCCAGCCUUCAUCAUGUUUGUCUUCUCUUGGGAUCUGAGUUGUACUUGAUAGUACUUGCUCCAUACUUCAUGUGGUUAUUUGCAUAACUGAAAAGUGUAACUAAAACUGCACACAAAGUGCUCUUUUGGAUAUAAACACAAUUGAAAUCACUUCAAAUUAGAGAUGUAUGAAACCAAGACCUUUUAACUGUGAAACUGUUGAUUGUGAUGAUGAAUUGUUACAUAUGGAACAAUGAAAAUGUGUGUGCACAGUUGGCCAGUGUCAUUCCCUUCAACUCAUUCACAGAACUGUAAAGGAAAUAAAAGUACUGCUGGGUUAGAAGAAAUGAAACGAUGUGUGGUUCUGUAGAGAAACAGGUUUUAUGGAAGAGUAAUUGUCACGAAAAUAUGAAUAUUGUGCAAAUUGAAUUAAAAACAAAAGAUAUGACACCCAUGUCUAUAAUGCAUUACGCUC